CCGGAAGUAAGGGGGUUGGAUUCGGAAGCGUGUUUGUUUUAGCGGGAAGUGCUGCUAAAUUAAAGAACUAAGUGAUCAACAAAGUGCAUUUCUUGUGAAAUACUGCACAUGUAUCAUUUUUUUUCUUUUUACUUAUAAAAAGGUAAACAAAGAUUUGCGCGAUGGGUGUGCACGACCUGUGGUCUAUUCUGGGGCCGGUUCGGGAGUCGGUGCCGUUGUACAGCCUCACCGGAAAGACCCUGGCCGUGGACCUUAGCCUGUGGGUCUGCGAGGCCCAGCACGUCCAAGCAAUGAUGGGGAAAGUCACCAAACCUCACCUCCGCAAUCUGUUUUUUAGAGUUUCCUCUCUCACACUGAUGGGGGUAAAGCUAGUUUUUGUCAUGGAGGGAGAGGCCCCCAAACUCAAAGCAGAGACCAUGAGCAAGAGGACAGACAUGAGAUUUGGGGUGUUCGACAAGUCAGGCCCUAAAAAACAAACUACAAAGACCACCAACAGGGGUCGCUUCAAUGCUGUGCUGAGAGAGUGUGCAGAGAUGCUGGACUGUCUGGGUGUCCCCUGGGUGACAGCGGCAGGAGAGGCCGAGGCCAUGUGUGCCUUUCUGGAUGCCCAGGGCCUGGUGGACGGCUGCAUCACCAACGAUGGGGACGCUUUUCUCUACGGAGCGCAGACCGUCUACAGAAACUUCAACAUGAACACCAAGGAUCCACAGGUGGAUUGUUACAGGACUUCUAGGGUGGAGACAGAGCUGCAGCUAGCCAGGGAGACACUCGUGGGUCUGGCCAUCCUUCUGGGCUGUGAUUAUAUUCCUAAGGGUAUACCAGGAGUUGGGAAAGAGCAAGCUCUAAAACUCAUACAGACAUUGAAAGGACAAACACUUUUACAAAGAUUCAGCCAGUGGAGGGAGGAGGGCGUGGUUGCGCCAGAGUUGGUCCUAAAGAAGGUCCCUCACUGCCAUUUGUGUCGCCAUCCUGGGUCAGCCAAGGCUCACGAGCGCAGUGGCUGUGUGUUGUGUGACAGCAAGCACUUCUGUGAGCCUCAAGACUAUGACUACCAGUGUCCUUGUCACUGGCACUGCUGUGAGCAGACACGACAGGCCUCUUCAACAGAUGCCAGCAUCAGGAAGAAAACACUGGCAAGUGAUAAAUUCCCUUUUACAGAGAUCAUAAAUGAAUUUCUGGUAGACAAAGACAAGCCUGUCCACAAUUUCAAAUGGAGGAAACCGAACAUGCUAUUAAUGCAGAACUUUGCGUACAAUAAGAUGGAGUGGCCUAAACACUAUACCAGUGAGAAGGUUCUGGUCCUGAUGACGUACACUGAGCUGAUGAACAGAAAACAUGGAAGAGCGACGUUGUCUCUGAUAAAACCUCUACGUAUAUGGAAGCCAAGAGUAAGGAAUGCAAUCGCCAGCUUUGAAAUCAUCUGGAGUAAGCCAGAUCACUAUGUGUUUUCUGAGGACCACCCUGAGGACAGCCAGGACGAGGUGAGGACGGUGGAGGAAGAGGCUCUGUUCCGCCUGGCCUACCCACAUGUGGUGGAGCUGUACCUCAGGGAGAAGGCUGAGAACAAGACCAAGAAGAAGAAACCAAAGGGUAAGAAAGACAAGCCUUCGGAUCACUGUGAUGUUUCUGACCUCCUGGCCAAGAUGUCUUUGCACAGUUCCACUGCUGACAACAACACCCAACAACCCUCUGCCGUGGCAGCAGCACUGACCAUUACAACAAGUAACAACUCAGUGUUGGUCCUGGAGGGUCCAGAGUCAGAGUCUCCAAAAAAGCAUCUGGAUCCUGGUAAAGACCAUCCCCGCUUAGAAGUACGUCUUGGAGCUCAGAUACAGGAAGUGAUGUCACCUCCGUCUUUCACUUCCUCUGGGAAGAUUCCAGAAGCAGCGACCUCUCCGUCUGUUUCCGUGGUGAUGGAUGCUCUUCACCUGAGUGACAUCGACUGGGAGUCUCAGUCAUUCACGUCCUCCCCGCCCCCGCAGGCUGCUGGCGCUCGCACUGCCACUGACCCCAAGUCACUCCAAACCACAAAUGAUAGUGUCCAAGAAAGGAUCACAAAACUGGGCCCCUCUACUGAUCUCAGAGCAGCAGAGGCCGUACCAGGGCCAUGUUAUGCAGAGUGUUCGCUGAGGAACAGGGUCCUAAUGAGAAACACAUGCAAGUCUGUGAACAUGGCAGACAAUGAUGACGUCACCAUCAUACAUGUAAACUCCCAGUCAGCAGCACCCCCUGAUUUAAUUGAUUCUAACAACAGUGGCCCCAAGCCAAUGGCACUGAUACCCAUUAAAAGCAGCAAUGAUUCCAAGCCAUCAGAACAGCCGCUGGUGUGUGGCAAGAAAGCCACACUUGUUGAUAAGGACCAGAGCAUUGCAUUGCUCCAUAAGCCUCAACCUGCUCAUCACAUCUCAAAACCUAUCUCAUUGAACUCAACACAAACAGGCCCAGUCACAGCAACACAAAAAGGCCCAGUCACAGCAACACAAACACAAGGGGCUAAACAACAUGGUGCCGGUGAACCAAAGCCUCCACAGAAGUACAGAUUCGUAAAGAAGGCCAUAUCAUCUUCCGCUCUGCCACAAAGGAGCCACUCUGAACCUAGCGACACACAGCCUGGUCGGGAUGACAGGAACGUGAAGUCACAUCAAGAAACCAAGAAGAGUGUGUGUGCCAGAGUGUGUUCAUCGAGUGAGGACAGUGACACAGAGAACCAGUGUCGGGGAGGAGGGCAGAGCAGGGCCAAAGUCAAACCCAAAAGCAGGCACAGGUGCCAAUACCUCACAGACUACUCACUGAAACCCACCUCCAAACCCAGCACCUCUACAAAGGCAGCCUGGGACACAGUGACAGCCCAGCCCCUCAGGCCUAGAGCUGUGUCUGCCAGUAUGGGUGAACAACCAAUACGAGGCAGCUCUGUGUCUACCAUAGGGAAGUGCCAGGAUGUUCAUCCAAUUAGAGUUGAUGAUGACAUUGUGUUCAUUCCAAGCCCCGUUUCCCCAGUGACUAUGUCUGAUGGUGAUGACUCAGUGAUUUGCAGCAAGAGCCCACUGCCAUUGGCAGAGAGGGUGAAGCUGAAGUUCCUGAAAUGAGUGAUGUGAUAUACCAGAGGUGUUAGGACAGAAAAAAAGAAAUACUAUUUCCUAAUAUUAUUAUUAAAUAGUAUUCUAUCAAAACUUUAUUUAGUUUGUUCAGUAAGUGUAUUUUUAACCUUUGAUAUUGGCCUUUCCUUUUGUCUUCUAUGUACACAAUUGUAGUUUUCUGCUGCUAUAUCUUUAAUGGACUUACAGUAGGAGAUGGAGAAAUAUUUUACUCAUGCAGUUAGGGAGAGGGCAUUUUUAUUUUUAUAAAACCCUAUACUUUUCAA